CGUUCGCGUGGCCGUGUCGUUCUUUUGUCCACAUGAAUAGCAACACAGCGUGUGACAAAGAGGCUGAAGGAGUCGGAGUUGGCUAAACAGAGCUGGACGUCCGAUGUCAGUCUUGGCCUGCAUUCGAUAUUAAGGCAACGACAGUCGAAACACGUCGUCGAAGUUGUUUUAAUCUCGCUCGUUGCAAGACACGGGCGUCCCCCGCAGUUGCUCGCAUCCAACGCUCGUAUUUAUAGAGAGAAGCUUAACGGGCAUUCCAUCAUCUCCCAGACGCUGCUGACAGCGGCAACUGCAUCUUCCCUCUUGUUUGCUUGCACCCCUGAUCAUUGCCACGUGCAGGCGCUGCGCUGGCCGCAUCAUAAUCAUCACAUUACUCGUCCGCAAUGCCUCGACCACGAUUGUCGCCGCAUCUGUCGCUGCACCGCUUCAAGAGCACCAACUCGGUCAAGUCGACAUCCGACAGCCAGACCAAUAGUCGAGCCGUGAGCCCCAAGCGGAAGGCCGAGGAGCAAGGCGAUCACAAGGCUUUCAAUCUAGUCCUGAGGGUGCAAGUGCUCGAGGGCCGCAACCUCGCUCCCAAGGACAAGAACGGCACCAGCGAUCCCUACCUAGUCAUCACACUAGGAGAUGCUCGUGAGGCCACGUCGGUCAUCGACAAGACAUUGAACCCGAAAUGGAACCAAACCUUUGAUCUGCCCAUCUCAGGCAUCUCCAGUCUACUCCUCGAAGCUGUAUGCUGGGACAAAGACCGCUUUAGCAAAGACUACAUGGGAGAGUUUGAUGUCGCCCUUGAGGAUAUCUUUACCAAUGCACAUACCGUUCAGGAGCCCAAAUGGUACAAGCUCGAAUCUAGAAAAUCCGGCCGCAAGAAGAGCCAUGCCUCGGGCGAGGUGCUCUUGAAGUUCUCCGUCUUCGACCCUGUCAAUCCCAACGCUACCCCUCAACAGACCCUCCAGAAGUUCUACGGCGUCGUCGCUCUCGAAGACCCUGCCGAAGGAGACGAGGAUCUCGACGCACUCGCCGAAGCAGCUGAAUCCGGAGACGAUGACGACGAUGAAGACGACGACGAUUCUGGCAGUCCUGAACAAUCAGAGAAGAGAAAGAAGAGACACAGACUUGCUCGUCUCAAGCGAAAGACUAAGCUGAGAGCCUACGAAUUCAACGGAAUGAGUGCAGUUGCAGGCGUCCUCUUUGUUGAGAUUCAGAAGGUGACAGACUUGCCUCCGGAACGCAACGUGACACGCACUUCCUUUGACAUGGAUCCCUUCGUGGUCAGUUCUUUGGGCAAGAAGACAUACAGAACCCGUGUCGUCCGGCACAAUCUCAAUCCUGUGUAUGAGGAGAAGCUCGUCUUCCAGGUCCUAAGACAUGAAGUCAACUACUCGCUUAACCUCACUGUCAUUGACAGAGACAAGCUGUCUGGAAACGAUUUCGUGGGUGCUGCCACUUUUUCCUUGGAGAGAGCCAGAGCUGUACAACCAGAAGCCGACCCGGAGACUGGUUUAUACUUCUGUCCUGAGAUUCCGGAUGCUGGUGUGACACCCAACAACGAAUACAGACGAUCACGGUUCCGCCUGAAUUCUUCCCGCUCGCAAUCAAGCCAGACGCUUAGUCGCUCGUCUCGUAACGCAUCGGCCAAGGAUCUCAACAGGCUCUCUAGAACUUCUUCAAACACAAGCCAAAACCACAGGCCAACAUUACGCAAGGAGGACUCGGGUGACUCGUUUAACGCUAUCGACUCACGUGAAGAUCUGCAGCACGUCACUAGCAACCCAUACAUGGCUGAACCUGGCAGUGUCCCGGCAGUGAAUGUGGACCAUGAUGGUAUCGAGGAUCCGGAUCUUAAGUACUAUGCCAUUCCCCUGCAGUUGAAGAACAAGGACAGAUGGGAGGACAAACACAAUCCCAUCGUUCACAUCAGAGUUAAAUACUUGCCUUACCAGGCUCUCCGUCAACAAUUCUGGCGUGCCAUGCUGAAGCAUUACGACGCUGACGAUACUGGCAGUCUUGACAAGGUUGAAAUCACUACUAUGCUUGACACUCUUGGUUCGACGUUGCACGAGGAUACUAUCAGCUCUUGGUUCAGACGUUUCGCGACUGAGAAUGGUGGAGAAGAGGUCUUGACCAUGGAUCAGGCAGUGAGGUGCCUAGAAGAUCAGCUCAUGAAGUACCAGAAGAAGGCCACUCUCUCGGAUACCAUCCAGGGGAAGCUGCAUAUCUCGGAAACAAGUACUUCGAAACUGACCUCCGCGAAUGGGAGCGACUCGUCUGACAAUCUGGUGCGAUCUGACGACAGCUCAAGUCAAGGAACACCGUUGAACAACCGCUCCCAAACUUCCGUCAUUCCAGCACUUGAAGUCCAGGAUCUAUCAGGAGACGGAGAGGGUGCAUUGCCAUAUGAUGACCUUGCGGAUGAAGAGAAGGGAGAAGAACAUGUCGUCGAGAUCAAGGAGUGCCCUAUCUGCCAUCAGCCUCGCCUGGACAAGAAGAACUCCGAAGCCGACAUCAUCACCCACGUUGCUACUUGUGCCUCACAAGAUUGGCGUGCAGUCAAUAACAUUGUCAUGGGCGGCUUCGUUACAAGCAGUCAAGCACAAAGGAAAUGGUAUAGCAAGGUCAUCACCAAGAUUGGAUACGGCGGCUACAAGAUUGGAGCUAACAGUGCCAAUAUUCUUGUCCAAGACCGUAUCACUGGACAGAUCAACGAGGAGAGAAUGAGCGUAUACGUGAAACUGGGAAUCCGACUACUCUAUCGAGGUCUCAAGAGCAGAGACAUGGAGAAGAAGAGAAUUCGCAAGCUCCUUCGAUCUCUGUCCUUCAAGCAAGGCCGCAAGUACGACGAUCCUGCUUCAGCGGCACAGGUCCCUGGUUUCAUCAACUUCCAUCAGCUAGACAUGUCUGAGGUUCUCCUGAAGACGUCAGAGUUCAAGAGCUUCAACGAGUUCUUCUACCGCAAGCUGAAGCCUGACGCCAGACCUUGUUCAGCAGCAGACCGUCCGGAAAUCGUUGUAUCACCAGCAGACUGCCGGACAGUUGUGUUCAACCAAAUCAGCGAAGCUCAGCGCGUGUGGGUCAAGGGACGAGAAUUCUCGGUCGAGCGACUACUGGGCAAUGCAUACCCCGAGGAUGCCAAGCGAUAUGCUGGCGGUGCUCUGGGUAUUUUCCGACUGGCACCGCAAGAUUAUCAUCGUUUCCACAUUCCGGUGGAUGGUACGAUGCUCGAGCCCAAACUCAUUGACGGCGAGUACUACACUGUCAACCCCAUGGCUAUCCGAAGUGCGCUCGAUGUAUAUGGCGAGAACGUCAGAGUAGUGGUACCGAUUGACAGUACCAAGCAUGGUCGUGUGAUGGUGAUUUGUGUUGGAGCCAUGAUGGUUGGCAGUACAGUCAUCACGCGAAAGGCAGGAGAGAAGGUCUCCCGUGCAGAAGAGCUGGGAUACUUCAAGUUUGGUGGCAGCACAAUAUUGCUGCUGUUUGAGCCUGGAAAGAUGAUGUUCGAUGAUGAUCUGAUCGACAACUCUAAUGGAGCUCUCGAGACAUUGGUCCGCGUCGGCAUGUCAAUCGGACACAGUCCUAAUGAGGCACCUCAUAUGCCAGACAUGCGCAAGGAGAACCCAAGCAUGGCUGAGAAGCAAGAAGCCAAACGCAGGAUCGAAGGCAGUUUUGCACCCAGCUCAGGAGGAAUACCUGGGCUGCCAUCGGCGGCCGACAUACAGUAAGAAGAGGUCGAGGGGGAGAAGCACAGAAAAUCAUUGUUCUUGUUGUAAAUAUGGGAAGAAGCGCAUUGAUGCAUAUGUUACAAACAGAGAGGUAGCACAUACCUAGAUCAACGACUGAGAGUAUUUUUGGACAA